GAGAGGAGAUAUGGGUCCAUGAAUGAUAAUUAAACACCCAAGCCAGACUGUACACGAAUAUCAGUGAAUGGUACAGACAGAAAGUGCUCACAGAGUUAAGAGGAAGGAAAGAUCUCUGUGAUCCCUGAGGCCACCUAGAAUGCCUUGAAGGAGGGACAAAGACUUCCACCCCACAGUGAAGGAGGAGGAGGGGGACGUUCCAACUGCCAGCAGCCAGCCUCAUCCUAAUCCAGUGCUGCUCUGAUUCCCAUGGAGAAAAGCCUUGUCUUGCUGGGGUUUGCCCUAGUCUUGGGCCAGGUGUCUUCCAGCCUUCGGAAGACAAAUUUGAAACUGAAGGCUGAUGGAGAGGAAUGCUACCAGCACUCAGAUUGCAGAAGCAGCUGCUGUCUCAUAAGCUUGUACAGGGCUAUGAACUUUUGUGCUCCCAAAGGAAAAAUAGAGAUGCUAUGUUUACCGCAGACAACAGCAAACACAACCAUCCUCUGUCCCUGCCACUGGGGCCUGAGCUGCAGAUCUAUUGAUCACUUCUGUCCACGCCGGUGCCUGAUGUUUUAGAGAAUGGAAUUCGGUGUCCACACCCCUCUGUUCCCCACAGAACCUGAUGUGGCAAGCCCCUGCCUCCUGUACCUUCCUGCCAUCUUCUUCCUCCUCCUCCCUCCCAGCAGGCAGCCCCACCUCCAUCAUCUAGAAUCAGUUUUCUAGCACAUUAAAGCUCCCACCUGAUGACCUCGAAUGGGCCUGACUCGCGUCUUUGUCUCUGGGUAGCUCUUAGGGCCCUGUUGGGGAUGGGACAGGGAGGAUGGAAGAUGCCUCAAAGAGAAAGCUCUGAAGGGACUUAGGAGAACUCGGAAGAAAACCCGGAGAAACCCCAAAUAAAGUCACGAAGAGUCGGACACAAUUGAAACAACUGAACGACAGAUAGGGUAACUAGCUUCAGUAGUAACUGUUGAAGAAUAAAAAAAAGAUGGUUCAAGGAAGGUAUUUUUAUGAAAAGCUUUCUCUUUUGUAAAAUUGGUUGUA